AUGAUUGAAAAGAUUACGACUAAUAGAUCUCAACAAAGAGUGUUUCUAUACUCUGGAAUUUGUCUAUGGCUCUUGGCCAUCAAUAUAUGGCUAUACUACUCCUACCACUCAAAGAACUCAACUUUUAUAACACCAAACCUCGACCAAUCUUCGAUAUACGACCAGUACGACCCAUCAAAUAUAUAUACACCAAACUCCGGCGAAGAAGACCUCACACCAGACAACAAAAAAGAGAAUAAUGACAAGAAGAUUAGUAAUAACAACAACAAGAAGAAACCAGCUCAAACCAAAACCAAAACUAAACCAUUUAAAGACGAUAUAACCAUCAAGGUUUUACAAAAACACAUUUCAAGUGAAAAGGACCAAAGAGGUAUCGAUGCACACGCACUGAUAUACAACACCAUCUUUGCCAACCACGAAAUUGACUCCAUCUUUGGCAACUUGGACUUUCAACAACGUUGUGACUUGUUCUUUCAAAACUUGUUUUUGGACGACAAAAACUGGAUCUUUAAGAUUAAUGAAAAAAUAACUUUGGAAAAUAAGUUGGAGUUCAAAUACAAUGACUACAAACGUGUCCAUAUGGACAAAUUCAAAAAGGACUUUGCCGAAAAAAACUCAAAAGACGCCAACAAAAUCGAAGAUGACGACCACGACUUUGACGCAUUUGUUCGUGAAAAGUACGAUGAAUUCUGGACCAAGACUAUGGAGUACGAACAGAAAAUUGUUGACCACGUCUCAAUACUACGAGUGUUCAACAAAUGCUACUUGACCAGUGAUAACUCUACCCAGAUUAAACAAACAAAUGAGUUUAUUAAUACGCAACACAAAUUAAUUAGAGGCAUUAGCCAAGUCUCCAAAACCAAGAAUGGUGUUACUCCAUUCACAUACACACAAAAGGAAAACCUCAUAAACUUUAAAACAAUUAAACAUUCAGCAUUUGAACACAGAGUGUACCCAUGGCUUUCGCUCGAAAAUCCAAUCUAUGAAAGAUUUACCGGUGAAAGAACCUAUGGCCCCCCACAAAUGUCCAAAUACCUCCCAAAUGACCCUAGUCAAAAAGUAACCAAAACACACCAAAAUGAAAAAAAUAUCGAGUUUUUCCUUCAAAAAUUUAGAAACAGUUGUAAUGGUAGGGGUAUAGUCUUGUCCAUUGGAGAUGACCACGUUGACGAAACAGUCAGGUUGAUCCAGUUGUUACGUGCAUUGAGCAAUACCCUCCCAAUCCAAAUUGUCUAUUACGACGACUUGAGUGUUAAAACAAAACGGAAAAUUGUCAGUGCAGCUCGUGAAAAUAUUGGCGCUCUACCCAAAUCUUUUGAAAAAGUUCGCGAAUUCUUUAACGACGAUUACCUUUCCCACGAAGGUGGUUUACCACAACAAGAGAUCUGGUUUGUCAAUACCUAUAACGCCAUCCAUGAAGAUUUCAAGGAAAAAUUUAAAGGCUUUGCCAAUAAAUUCCUUGCCACGUUCUUCAACUCAUUUGACGAAUUUAUGCUUAUUGAUGCUGAUACGGUGAUGAUGCAAAACCCUGAGUACUUUUUCAACUUGGAGAAAUACAAGGAAACAGGUACUUUUUUCUAUAAAGAUCGUACUUCCGAAGAUACUCGUCCGCCAUCAGACUCUAUGUUUUUCAAAAAGCUUUCGCCAUCAAUCGUUGACUCAGUCAUGUUCAAUAUCCCAAUCAUGACCAAGUACACAUAUGACAAUGAUUUCUUCAAUGGGUUAUUCCACUAUAUGGAAUCUGGUCUUGUUAUGCUCAAUAGAAGAAUACAUUUCAACUCUUUGCUCAUGAUGCUCCAGCUCAAUUUCUACCAGCCAGUCAAUGAAAGAAUUCAUGGCGACAAGGAGAUCUUUUGGCUUGCAUUUGCCAUCAAUGGAAAUGAAAAUUACUACUUUGACUCAAAUUAUGCAGCAGCUAUUGGUCAAAUAACACCACCAUCAGAUUGGAAGAGACCAGAUGGCACGAUACAUCGCGCUACUGAAUUGUGUUCUCCACACCCGGGCCACGUUUCCGAAAUAGACAAUGCUCUUGUUUGGAUAAAUUCUGGUUUUGUUUAUUGUUCGAAAGCAGCAGUCAUUGAUUUCCAAAAAGAAGCAGACCACAAGGCACGUUUGAAGCUUUUGAAUACUGCUGAGCAAUUCAAGGAAUUUUAUAACGAACCUCUACGUAUCAGUGCUGCAGUGAUACCACCAUUUGAUUAUGAUUAUAAAGGAACUAACAAGGAGGACGAACCUACACGAGGCUGGCUCAUGGAUGGAAGAUAUUGUAAUAGUUAUAUGUGGUGUGCAUACUCAUCCAUUAGUGGUUUACAAGAAGAUGGAAAAGAUGAUAUUCGUGAAGGCCGCGUGAUCAAAUUCAGCGAAAAAGAACAAAACUUGUUUGAUUAUUAUGGUGACGUGUGGGUUGGAUUGGAGUAA